AUGAAGACCACCCUCAUCCUCGCCUCUGCGCUUGGCGCGGUCGCGUUCCCAUCGAUGAAGAACAGCCGUGAUGUUCAGAUGAACAUCCGCUCUGUUCUCAGCAACGUGGAGCGUCGCAGCCUUGAGGCCCGCCAGCAAGACGCACUCGGCAUCUCCAGGUCGGAGAGCAACUGCGGUACUCGUGUGUGCCCAACAUUCGACGGCGAAGACCAGCUCGUCUCGGUCAGUGGCGAGCACCAGUACAUCGCUCCUGGUCCAGGUGACAUCCGUGGCCCAUGCCCUGGUCUCAAUGCCGCCGCCAACCACGGCUACCUCCCACGCAGUGGUAUUGCCUCCAUCGAGGAGACCGUCUCUGGUCUUGGCGCUCUGUACAACCUGGGCCCAGGAAUCUCUGCUGUCCUUGCCGCUUAUGCUGUUGCGAUCGACGGCAACAUUGUCGAGGGCGUCUGGUCCAUCGGCGGUCCCCUGCCAACUGACGAGCUGACCGGUGCUCUGCUCGGCACUGGCCAAGGUCUCUCGUACUCCCACAACAACUACGAGGGUGACUCCUCCAUCGGCCGUGGCGAUGCCUACAUCAACAACGGUGAUGCUCACUCUCUCAACGUCACCCGCUUCGAGCAGGUCUACGACAUUGCUGUCAAGGAUGGAUCUGACCGUUACACCCUCGACAAGUUCCGGGCCAAGUUCGAAGAGGCUCAGGACGAGUCCAUCGCCAACAACCCAUACUACUUCACCGGUGUCUUCUCUACCGUCGUUGUCGUGCCAGCUGCAUACAACUUCGUCAUCAACCUCAUGAGCAACCACACCGCCGAGGAGCCAGCCGGAUACCUUGAUGGAUACAACUUCAAGUCUUUCUUCGGUGUUGCUGGCGAGCCAGGCAACUUCACGUGGCUCAAGGGUCAGGAGCGCGUGCCUGAGCGAUGGUACCGCCGCCCAUCUUACGCCCCAUACGAGGCCCAGGACGUCGUCGGUGACGUCGCCAUUGGCUACCUCGCCUACCCAGACACCCUCAAGUUCGGUGGCAACACCGGAAAGGUCAACACCUUCACCGGCCUGAACGUCGCCAACAUCUCCGGCGGUAUCCUCGAUGUCAGCACCCUCUUCACCGGCGACAACUUUGCCUGCUUCUCCUUCCAGCUCCUCCAGCAGGGUAUCCCCAACUUCCUCGACAACGCCAUCAACGACUUGGCCCCGGUCACCGACCUCAUCAACAAGUACGUCGGCCCAAUUGUUGGCGGUCUUAGCUGCCCACAGCUUGGCAACUUGUCGAUUGGUCUCUUCGACCAGUUCCCAGGCUACAAGUACAGCCCAACCGGCCCAGACACCAACUACUAG